UCAAAAUUGUUCACAGGGUAUUAUUGUAACUUUAACAGAUCAUCAUCAUCACAUGUGUAUAAAUUCAUCUCCUUUCUUCCUUGUCAAUCACACAAAAACCCCAACCCUUUCUUCAAAUUUCUCUCUUUCUGGUUUACAUAAAAAUGGCGGCUCAGAUGAUCGCGAACCACAGAGAGAAUGCAGAAACUUACACCGGAGAUGAAAUAUGCAAGGCGAAGUCAUUAGAAUUGUUACACGAGAUAUCAUUGCCAGACGGUCUGUUACCGUUAGAAGACAUAAUAGAGGUUGGAUAUAACCGAACAUCUGGAUUUGUUUGGUUGAGACAGAAAAAGAAGAAAGAACAUUACUUCAAGAGUAUCGGUAAGCCUGUAUCGUACGCUACGGAAGUAACAGCAUUUGUGGAGAAACAUAGGAUGAAGAAAAUAACUGGUGUUAAAAGUAAAGAUACUAUGUUGUGGGUUAAUAUUUCUGAUAUUUUUAUUAGUGAUCCUAGUAGUGGCAAGAUUACUUUUAAAACACCUUUUGGUCUUUCUCGAACUUUUCCUGUUUCGGCUUUUGUAAACGAAGAAACUGAAGAAGAGAAGAAAAGGAAGAAGGAACGAGCAGAAGAAGAAGAGAAGAAGAAGAAGAUGGAAGAAGAAGCAGAAGAGGAAAAAGAGAAAACUAGGAAGCAAACAGACGAAGAGAAGAAAAUGAUGGAAGAAGUAGAAGCCGAAGAGAAGAAGAAGGAAAAUGCAGAAGACCAAGAGAAGAAGAAGAUGGAUGAAGUAGAAGACGAAGAGAAGAAGAAGAUGAUGGAAGAAAACGAAGAAGAGAAGAAGGUGGAAAAUGUAGAAGACCAAGAGAAGAAGAAGAUGGAAAAAGUAGAAGUGGAUGAAGAGAAGAAGAAGAUUGAAGAAGUCAAAGCAUGAUAUUAUUAAUUAAAAAAUGAGUUUGUAUUAAUUUUUUGAGUAAUGAUAGACGUACCGAAUAAAGCCACCGUGGAAUUUACACCGAUUGGAAUGAACGGCCACAGAUGAGCGUGCUUAUCAUCCGGAGGGGACGUGGGGCAGGUGUGGGUACCAAUCAAUGGUAUCUUUUCAGGGUCGCCAAUCAAUUCUGCAGGACAUUGUUUUGACUUGUCUUAUGUCGCUAGGGAUGUGGAAGCGAAUUCUGCAUUAUACACAACAUGGUAUAUUGAUUGAUUGAAAGGGCAUUUACUAGAGGAGUUAAUAAGCAGCAAAAGGACUAUCUGAUAGUGUCCAUCGCAAUGUGAACUGUGAAGUAGAUUUUUGUUUUGUUUUGGAAAUAGAUAUAGUGUUGACUGUUGAAGGAGUAAAAAAAGCCACUACCGGUACACUGUCCGUGUCGUCCGGGGUUGAAAAUAAAAAGACAUUGGUUCGGACGACACUCUCUUUGCGGUCCUGGGUUCUAUUAUGGAAUGGUCUCUAAAUUCUACGGCCCGGUCUAUAAUUGCUUCCUAAACUUAACUAGUAAUCUUUGUGCAAGUGGAUUAAGGCUAACUAGAUUUAUGCCUGAGCAUUUUUUCUUCUUUUAAUUAUAUUUUUGAUUUGGUGUACGCGUGGUUUCGCUCCGCCCUGUAAACAAUGUAUUUUCAAUUUGGUGUGCGCGGUGUUUCGCCCAACCUUGUGGUAACGCCCUUUUAUAGCUGCUAAUGCAUUAAAUGGGUGGAGAAAAAUAUUUAUUUUUUCCUUUUAUUUUUGCAGAA